AUACAUAAACAUUUCAAGAGCCCAUCACAUCUUCUUCCAAGCUCUCGUAAGAAACACUUUCUAUAUAUAUCUGAAGUUGGUCUUUCUUAAAAUAAAGAAAGCUUCAAUUUUUUUUAUGUAUGGCUGCUUCUUCCCUUCUUCAUAUAGACAAUAACACAACCAGACAAAACAUGAGUGGUUCUGCUAACUGGUCACGAAGAUCAUCAGCAUCUUUGGAAGAUCUUGAGAUCCCAAACUUUAGAUCUUUUGCUCCUUCUUCAGUCUCAAUCUCUCCUUCAACUUGUUUCAGUCCCUCUGUUUUCCUCGAUUCCCCUGCGUUUGUUGCCUCCUCUGCUAACGUUCUUGCUUCUCCAACCACAGGAGCUCUUAUUACAAACGAAAGCAAUCAGAAAAAUGUAACUAAGGAAGAGAAGAACAACAACAUUAACUACUUCGAUUUCUCAUUUCAGACACAAUCAUCAACACUUUCUGCACCAACAACAACAGCAACAAACAGUUCUAUCUUUCAGGCACAGGAACAAGAGAGGAAGAACCAGUCAGAUCAAUGGAGCCAAACUCUAAACAACAGCAACACUCAUCAAGCUGUAUCUUACAAUGUAAGGGAGCAAAGGAAAGGAGAGGACGGUUACAACUGGAGAAAGUACGGUCAGAAACAGGUGAAAGGGAGCGAGAAUCCUCGGAGUUACUACAAGUGUACUUUCCCAAGCUGUCCGACAAAGAAGAAAGUGGAGAGAUCUUUGGAAGGUCAGAUCACAGAGAUUGUCUAUAAGGGAAGCCAUAACCAUCCUAAACCUCAAUCCACCAGAAGAUCAUCUUCGUCUUCUUCUUCAACAUUUCAUUCAGCUGUGUUCAAUGCCAGCCUUGAUAAUAGUUUCAGUCACUCUGAUUCCCUUGCAAUCCAACAAGAUGAUAACACUACUUCUGGUUCUGUUGGAGACGAUGAGUUUGAGCGAGGCUCAUCGGUUGUCAGCAGAGAAGAAGAAUGUGGGAGUGAACCUGAAGCAAAGAGAUGGAAAGGAGAAAGUGAGACAAACGGUGGGAAUGGUAAUGGAAGCAAGACAGUGAGAGAGCCAAGAAUUGUUGUGCAGACAACAAGUGAUAUCGACAUUCUUGACGACGGUUACAGAUGGAGAAAAUACGGCCAAAAAGUCGUUAAAGGAAACCCAAAUCCAAGAAGCUACUACAAGUGCACAACCAUCGGUUGUCCAGUGAGGAAACAUGUCGAGAGAGCAUCACAAGAUCUGAGAGCAGUAAUCACAACCUACGAAGGGAAACAUAACCACGACGUACCUGCAGCUCGUGGAAGCGGUUACGCCACAAACAGACCGGUACAAGACCCUUCUUCAGCCCCAAUUAGACCAGCUGCUAUAGCUGGUCACACCAACUACACUACUUCUUCUCGACCACCAUAUACGCUCCAGAUGCUUCAAAACAACAACAACAACACUAAUGCAGGGCCUUAUGGUUACGCUAUGAACAACAACAACAACAACCUUCAAACGCAACGAAACGACUUCGCUGGUGGAUUCUCUAGAGCAAAAGAAGAACCAAACGAUGAGUCAUCCUCGUUUCUUGAUUCGUUCUUGUCUUGAAGAAAAGGGAAUCUGUUUAUCAUAGAAAAAGGGUUUAACUACUUACUAGUGAUCCUGCAGAUACUAAGACUAUAUAGUCUAUAGUCCAUAGAGAAAAUUAUUUCAUUUGUUUUUUUUUAAAAAUGGCUCAUGCGAGAGCGAGCUUUCACACGCCUGUAAUGUUAUACUAUCUUUAGUUUUCUUCUGUACCAUACAACUAGAAAAAUGGAAUAAAACCAAUCACUUUUUACAUGAA